UCCGUCUGCUCCUAGAAACUUGUUUUAUCGUAAUUUGUUCGUUUUUCGAGGAAUUUGAAGCUGUAUAUGGAUAUUGUGCUAACAACUAACGUAUCAGGGAGUAUGGAAUGAUCGUAUUUCAUAAAAUUCCGUAUAUUGUUGGAGAGUGAGCAACCAAAAUAUCUUGAAUUGCAGUUUGGAUCAUUCUACCACGAGUUCACCAUGGCUCUCUUUACAGUCAACCGAUACCUCGGUGAAGAGGAGGAUGUUGCCACCUACAGCAGCAGUAGAGGUCUCCAUGGCAACCAAUCAGCCAAUGACAUCCUGGCAAAACUCCACAAGGAUGCCAGACAGCGACAGGAGAAGUCCAUACAAAAUGGCCCUGCGACAUCACAAUCUUCUGUUGACACAACUGUAGAUAAGACUACUGAGAAGGGCAGAUCAAAGGAUGAGCCUACAGAAGUGGCCAAGAAAGGACUGAAGAAAAGAAAGAAAGAGCAAGACAAGAAAGCAAGUAGAAAGAGUGCAUCAAAUGAAGAACUUCGUGUAAGUUCAAGUUGCAAAGAUAAUGGAGCGAUGUCUCCAAAGUUGAAGAAGAGGAAACAAGAAGUGCAGGAGUCAUCCUCAGGCAACAAGAAAUUCAAGCCCAGUGGAAAAACUGUUGAAGAGAAUAACAGCAAUGAAGCUGAAGAAGAGAUGCCGACAUCUCAAAAGAUAAAAGUUUCAAGCAAGAAGAAGAACAAAGGAAAAAAGGAAACACUAGUGCCAAAGUCAGCAGAGAUGCCCACCUCAAAGAAACCAAACAAGGACAACGAAAUAACUAGUAUGUCUGAAGCAAAUGACCCAAUCAGUUCUGAACCUUUGGUUACGAAGAGCGGUUCAACAAUUGUCAAUGGACAGAAAAAGAAAACAGACAAGACUAAAAGUAUGAAGGAACAGAAAAGGAAGAAGAACACCAAUCAGACUGAAGAGAAUGACGGUAUUCAAGUAGAAGUAUCACAAACAAGUAUUAAAGAAGCUGCAAUGGGUAAGAAGAAAAAGGCGAAAACUGAGAAAGGUGAAGUCAAAAAUGGUGAAGAAACAACACCUAAGAUGGAUAAGUUGAACAAAGCAAAAGCUAAGAAGGCAAAAAGUGAGGAAACAUCAUCCAUGGCUGAUGCAGACACCGACAAAAAACAAAGCAAGCAAAAUAAACAAGCAAAGAGAGACAAUAGCACAGAUAAUGAUGCAAAAGAUACAAUCACAGAGGAUAUGGAUUAUGAAAGUCAGGGAAGUGAUUUUGCUAAAGAAACAUAUGAAGAGUUGUCACAAGCCAGUCAGAAAGAUGACAAAACACCCAACAAACAGAGCAAGAAGCAAAAGAACAAGAAAGACGAAGACGAGGAGUCUGAAGCUUUUCAAGUUCUUGGAGAAGUGCAGAAAAACAAGGCAGAGAAAGUCCACAGGAAGCUUCCUGAUUGGCUGGCCGACCCGUCUGUCAUAGAGAACGACAUCCAAUCAAAUCUCGUCCCCAUCGAAGAUACCCCCUGCAUUGGGGAAUUCCUUCGAAACAAAUUGAAGGAAAACGGCGUGGAGAAUUUUUUCCCAGUCCAGCACCAGGUUAUCCCAGCUAUACUGGAGGAUGCUCAGGAUGGGACUAUCAUGGGGAGGGCAGGCUUCAGGCCAAGUGACAUUUGUGUGUCUGCCCCUACUGGCAGUGGCAAGACCUUAGCCUUCGUCAUACCUGUAGUACAGGCUCUAUUACAAAGAGUGGUGUGUGAAGUUAGAGCACUGGUGGUCUUACCAACCAAAGACCUGGCCGUACAGAUCUACAAAGUGUUCAACCACUACACCAGCGGGUCACGACUCAAGGUGGCCAACUGUUCAGGACAGAAGAGUCUAGCUGUGGAAAGAAAUGCACUGGUUAGAGAGAGCCGUGGAGUGUAUCAGAGCCUUGCCGACAUUGUGGUGGCGACACCAGGACGACUUGUGGACCACAUUGAAAAGACGGCAGGCUUCAGUCUGAGGCACCUUCGCUACCUGGUAAUAGAUGAAGCAGACAGGAUGCUGGACCAGAUCAAACAGGACUGGCUCGCAAAGGUCACCCGGGCCGUGUACGAGGGUCAGGGGUCAGAGGACAAGCCUGGCAUUCCCAUGAGCCUCUGGGCAGGUGUACUUGGAGGGAGGACAGAGCCCGGGCCCCUGACGGCUGCCAACGCUGCCAAGAUGCAGCAACCACUACAGAAGCUCCUGUUCUCGGCCACCCUGUCUCAGAACCCUGAGAAGCUGCAGCAGCUGAACCUGUUCCACCCGAGACUCUUCACUUCUGUAGUCAGGCACGGGCAGAGGAAACAGGAGACAGCCUCGCCUGGGGCCUUGCAGGACAAGGGAACAUUUGUGGGCAAAUUCACCACUCCUGCUGGUCUGAAGGAGUACACGGUGAGUUGUACAGCAGCAGACAAGCCUCUGGUUGUUCUGCACCUGCUCCUGAACCAGAAGUUCCAACACGUUCUGUGUUUCACAGGCUCUCUGGAAUCAACACACAGGCUGUACCUGCUUGCUAAGCUGUUUGGUGGAGUGACAGUGGCAGAGUUUUCCUCCAACUUACCUCCUGAGAGAAGAACAAAAAUCCUGACCAAAUUCAGGACAGGCAAGAUUCAGCUUAUUGUCUGUUCAGAUGCCAUGGCACGUGGCAUGGAUGUGGAAGGUGUUGAGGUUGUGAUCUCGUAUGAUGUCCCGCCAUACGUGAAGACUUACAUCCACAGGGUGGGGAGGACGGCUCGAGCUGGGAAGGAGGGAACCGCUUUCUCAUUGGUGCUACAGGAAGAGGAGAAGAGAUUCCGUCGAAUGUUGAAACAGGCAGGGAAGGAUGAGCCCCAGCCCUGGUCCCUGUCAGGGACAGACCUCCAGCCACUGGUGCCCAGGUACCAGAAAACUCUGCAGAGACUGCAGAAGACACUCAAGGUGGAGGCAAAGACAAAGUGA